AGGUCUUCAGUCUUCUCCUCCGCCUCAGCGACAACGUCCAGGGUUCCACGGUCCAUCCCACUGAAGCAGGCCAGUGGAAGGGGGGUGUCUUGCCAAGCGGCACGCAGCCUGUGGCGACGCUGCCAACUUGGACGCACGACGCAAUGAGCUCCGGAGCGGCAGCCGCGGUUUCCGCUCGGGCGUUCCACAGCGUCGGACGGCAAGACCGGAAGCGGCUGUGAGGCGGCGGUCUUUCUCUCUCCCUCAGACGGCGCUCGCUCGGCGGGCUCGCCAUGGGGGACGCGGAGCUGGCCCGUUUCCGCCGCCGCUGGCGGGCCGAGCUGGCCGAGGGAGGCCCCAGGCGGCGGCGGGGCGGGAAAAGGCCGCGAGAGGCCGCAGAGCAGGCGCCCGAGCCCCUCCGAGGCUGGGGAGGCUGCGGGGCCCUCUCGCGCUGGGAGCCCGAGCAGGGCCCCGAAGGGCAGCCGGGCCUUCGCGGCCUCCGCCCAGCCGGACCCACGCAGGCGCCCCCCGCGCCCGCCCGGAAGCCCCUGCCCGCAACACCGGCAGGAGCCGGAGCCGAGGAAGACCUCCUGGGACAGCUCAUCCAGGACUUGAAUGAAAUAAAUGAGGUCCCGUUCUUUGAUGUGCAACUACCUUAUGAACUGGCAUUAAAAAUAUUUCAGUUCCUCGGUCGGACAGAGUUGGGGAGGUGUGCCCAGGUGAGCAAGGCCUGGAAAGUGCUUGCAGAAGACAAAGUCCUUUGGUUCUGGCUAUGCCAACAGGAAGGUUACCUCCCUGACAGUCAGAUUUCUGAUUUUCCCUGCUGGAAAGGAACACUUAGAGAAUGCCGGGAGAAGGAGCAGGUUUUGCGAACAAACUGGAAGAAUCGCAUUGGCAAUGUCAGCCAGUUGCAGUAUGAUCUUGGGAAAGUCCUGUGCGAUGUGCAUUCUUGUGAUGGAGUGGUCAUUGCUGGAUACACAUCAGGGGAUGUGAAGCUGUGGGACACUCGCACCUGGGACUACACCGCCCCUGUCCUGGAACCGGAGCGUGGCUCGACUGAACCUGGCCCCAGGCCCCAGGCCUCCUUUGUGAGAAUAAACAGCUCGCUGGCUGUGGCAGCUUACGAGGGUGGGUUGAUUAAAGUGUGGAGUUUGAUGUUGGGUUCUGAGCCCAUCCAUCACUACCAGCACAACCAGAAGAUCCAAGCGCUGGCUCUCUCAACUGACAGGGCAGCGGUUGCAACGGCAUCAGCCUUCCAGGUCAGAGUGGAAGCGGCAAAUGACAUGGGAUACUGGGAGACCAUCGCAGAAGUUGAAAUCCAGAAGCUGGUCCAGUCCCUCUGCCUGGUGCCCUGCGUGGUGGGCCGUCCAGUGAUGGUGGCAAGUGCCGAAGAGGAUGUCUAUCUUCUGAAGGCAGGAGAACCCGCCAAAGUGUUGCAUUCUGUCUAUGGCCAGCCUGUCACCUGCCUGGAUGUCUCGGCCAGUGAGGUGGCCUUUGGAGUGAAAGGUUUUGGCUGGCUGAUCAAUGAGACCAACAAGAUCCUUCUCUACAGUUUGGAGACUGGACAAUGUGUGACGCAGCUUGGCAGUUCCUUGGGCGACUUCACGUGUGUCAACCUCCGGGACAGCCCCCCGUUCAUGGUGGUCGCAGGAAAUAAAGACCGAAGGGUGAGGGUGUUUGACGUCCGCAAAAGCAAGCCGGCCUGCUCGGUCUAUGGCCACCAGCUCGGGGUCUCGGCGGUGCAGAUGGAUGACUGGAAGAUUGUCACCGGAGGGGAAGAAGGCCUGGUCUGUGUGUGGGACCAACGGAUGGGCACCAAACUCUGGGAAAUGCAUGCCAGGCACCCGGUCCGCCACGUCUGGUUCAAUGCGCACAGCCUCAUCACAGCCAAUGUUCCCGAUGAGAAGGUGCCCCGAGGUGCCUGCAUCACGGAUGAUGACUUGACGGCGCAUCGAAGGCAUCGAGGGAUCAUCUAUGCCUACACGUUCUCUGUGGACCACAUGGCUGCCGAGAGCGUCCUUCCUAUUUGCCGCUCCUCUUAUAACGAAACAACUGGUUAUAACUACAACAUUGGCCUGGCAGUCCCCUACGACGACAUCUAAGGAGGGCGCCUGAAUGGCCGUUGGAAAGGUCACGCCUCCAAACCUGGAAGCAUUGAGCAGCCGCAUCCCUUGGGCUAGGACACUGAGGGGGAAUCCUGCCACAAACACCCAACCGUCUCCCACAGGCCAGAAAAGGAGGAGGGAGUCGAAAGAGCAGGGGGCAAGCUCUGGCAUGGGUAUGCCAGAGUGGGUUCGGCAAAGAGGUGCUGGCCCACAAUCCCUAUGGUAAGGAGGGGGAGUGUUGGAGGGGAAUUGCUCCAUCAGGAACACAAGUGGACGGGGAUGCUGGGCCUCCUCGCUUUGUCUCAUGGUUCACAGAAGGGUCUUAAGACCCUUAGCGAGGAGGGAGAACUGAGGCUGCAGCGAGAAGAGGAGAAAUGGAAAAUAAAGUGAGUACCACUUGAGAAAUCUUCACCUUGGCCCUUCAUCUUGGACACACAGCGGUGAAGAAUAUUACCUACUAUCCAUGUAGCUGCCACUUUGCAGAUUUUGAGGCGGAAAAUGGGCUGCUUCUUGUGCUUUUUAUGUUCAUGUUUUGUGCUCACUAGGGCCCGUCUACACUUGUUAGUGUAGACUCACAUAAUGGAGUUUAACUAUAUUGAACUGCAUUAUGUUGAGUGAGCCUACAGUGACCAAACUCUAUUUAUAGGGCAGUAGAUGGUGCUCCCAGUGCCAAAGCCAAGUAGAUCUAAAGUUCUGUUUCUAUCCUUCUUUUCUUGCUUUGGCAUCUGGAAGUCUGUCCGUUGCAAGGACGGUAUUUUUAAAACCCUGUUGGGACCCUGCUAUUAUAUAAAUCCUCCCACUUGGCAGGUUAUGGUCAUUUUUAGCUUCUUGGACACAUCUUUCCAUAUGUUAAGUUUUUAAAAAUUCACCAUUCUUAUUUGUUCACCAUUUUCAGUGAACUCAAAGAGGGAGUUUGAGGACUUAAUGGCCUAUAGUUAUGUUUAAAAGUAUAUUGGAUGGCAUAGUUUUUAAAUUGUUUUUAAUGUUAUGAUAUGUGAUAUCAUAUAAUAUGUUUACAGCGGUUGGUUUUAAUGGAUAGAGUUAUUUGCUGAUGUAUGUUGUAUGACAUCGAAUUGUUGAUGAAUUAUAUGUGAGCCGCUCUGAGUCCUCUUCAGAGUGAGGAGGACAGGGAACAAAAAUGGCAAAUAAAUAAAGUAUAGAAAACGCAUGACUAUAGACAUAUUUGUAAAUAUAGCUUGAAAAGAGGCAGUAUAAAAAUUAACUAUAUUAUCUUGUCUCUCAAUUUGUUUUAAAUGCUUUGAUUCCUAUUUGUUAGAAUGUUGCUCACACUAAUAUAAAGGAACAUGCCACUGCCAAGAGUUUAAAAAUAAAACUUGUUUUUAAUUAA